AGUAUGUCAACUUGAUAUCCUUCAAAAAGAAAUAGAGCUAAGUUGAAGUAAGGAUUUAUUUAUCACAUGAUAAGUUAUUGAAGGAGUGUAGGUUGAGCAGUAUUCUUGAAACAUUCCAAAAUGCCCAUUUGUGGACCAAAAUUGUCGAUAUGUGGUAUAAUUCUAAGCAUUUGGGGAAUUAUCCAAUUGGGUCUCAUGGGAAUAUUCUAUUUCUUUGGAGCAGUAGCUCUUUCUGAAGAUCUUCCAGAAGUAGAAUUUGAUCCAGAACACGGCUUGAAAGAUUUUUAUUCCAAAAUUGAUGCAGGAUAUACACAAAAUGCUUACAAUUGUUGGAUAGCUGCUUUGUUAUACCUGGCUACGUUAGUAUUUUCAGCGCAACAAUUUUGGGCCAAUAACCGUUCUUCAUUAAGUGUUUGAAAUGUUUCAUUUGGUUUUUCUCAAAAACUUGAAAUAUUCAAUUAAAAACAAAUAUUGUGUAAAUAUUCAUUUCAUAGGUUUUGUAGAUUAGCUGAAAUUUCAAUCAAUAGGAUUCAUUGAGUUCUAGUUGUAAAUGUCUUGUUUCAAUAUAAGUUUGUUACUAUUAUUCACACUAGUUAUCUCAAUCUCGAAAUAAAUAGUGGAGUUUGAGAUAUGAUUAUGAUUUAUGUUCAUUAUACAGAUGUCUAAAUCAA